GAUCGAUCCACAAAAAGCGGUGUCCUGUUAAUCGUAAGCUUCUGAGAAUUUUUUUCUAUUUCUUUAUUAUUAUUUAUCAUAUUAUUCUUACCGUGACUUAUGUCAUCUCUGCACGAUAUGCGUCCACUCGUAUUCGGUGGUGGUUUGACAAACAUAUAUCCAUCGCCCUGCAUUUAUUGUUGUUGAUCGUCGUCGGCCGUCGCCGUGUACCUUCGUACGUUUUGUCUAGAAAACAUGAUUGUCGAUAAAAAAAAUUACUGCAUUCAUGUUGUGGCAACCACAUUAUCGUUGUUUGAUAUAUUUUUUCAAAUAGCAGUAGAUUGCAACUUAUGUGCGUUUCAGAGCUUUGAGCUGUGUGAAUCGGAUAAGCACCUACUUAUUUAGUUAGUAUAAUGGACUAGUCAAUGCUCGAUGAUGAUCUGUCCAUAUAUCUUAUUGGCAGAAAUGGCACUUAAAUGUUUUCUGGUCUUAAAGAACGUGCCCAUUACUCAGACCUACUGAAAUACUGAAACCAUUGUCAAUUCUCACUGCCUUCAUUUUUAUGUGUUUGUUUUACUUCGUAUUACCAAUGUGUAUUUGAUUGCCACUUGGGAUACUAAAUAUUAAAGCAAAAGAGUAUAAUUUCAUUAUAAUUUAUGUACAUCUGUGAACUAAAGGAUUUCAUUGAUGUCGUUAAAUAUUAGCAAUACUGUAAAAGAUAAGACAUGGUUAUUACAUAGCACGGCUGGUGCGUGCAGUGGAGCUUUUACUCGUUUGGUUUGUCAACCACUUGAUGUGCUCAAAAUACGAUUUCAGUUGCAAGUUGAGCCAUUAUCAAAAAAUUCAAAUAACUCUAAGUACAAAUCUAUUCACCAAUCAAUUAGUCUUAUAUACAAAGAAGAAGGUUUUAAGGCAUUAUGGAAAGGUCUUUUACCUGGACAGUUCCUAUCAACUACUUAUGGAUUAACACAAUUUCUAGUCUUUCAAAAAACUCUGGCAUUACUAUCAACAACAGAAAAAGAAUUAAAUCAGACCUCUAGUGUUCAUUUUCUCUGUGGGGUUACAUCCGCCACUUCUGCUACUUUGAUGUCAUAUCCAUUCGAUGUUGUGCGCACUCGACUAGUUGCUCAAAAAUCUAAUCAGGUCUAUGCAAAUAUGAGAAGUGUGGCCAUAUCUAUGUUUAGGAUGGAAGGUGUAUCUGCAUGCUACAGAGGAUUUUUUCCUACUAUAAUGCAAAAUGCAUUACAAGGCGGAUUCUUGUUCAUGUUUUAUAACACAUUUUCAAAGUUGUCUUCUACUAAUACUAGUACUAAUACAACUGUUCAUGAUGACCGCAUAAAUAGUGUUAAACAAUUCAGUUCUGGAUUUUUAGCGGGUGUAUCAGCAAAAACAAUUGUGUACCCACUAGACGUAAUAAAAAAACGGCUACAAUUACAAGAUUUUGUUCAUUCUAGGGAAGAUUUUGGCAAGAAAUUUAUGUGCAAUGGAUUAUUGGAUUGUAUCUAUGUGACAAUUAAAGAAGAAUCUUUUAAUGGUCUUUUUAAAGGACUGUCUCCAUCAUUGAUAAAAGCUGGUUUUACAACUGCGUUACAUCUAACUUUUUAUGAACAAACCCUUAAGUUACUUCAAUCUUUAGUCAACAAUUUUUAGUUAAUAGCUAUAAAGUACUUUGAUUACCUUUUUUUUAGAAAUAUAGUUUGAAAAUAAAUUACCAAGUAACUGAU